AACAAAUGAUGAGGGUGCGAAAAAAAUGGUGCAGACUCCACAGUGUCGACGUCAAACAUUGAAACAAGGUGAUAGUAGUGGUGGUGGUUACGGAAGGUGGCUGAAGGUGAAGAGAUGUGAUACCAGAGGAACAAACCACCGGGCGUGGGCUGCAGAACACUCUCAUUGGCUAUUUCAACUGAGACGUGCCGGUUUCCCCCGCCGUUAUGCUUACCAGUAGCCGGCCAAUCAAGCGCAACAGAGACACGACGAUUACUUUUGAAACGUAUAAAUGUGACGGUGGAAAGUCGUCCGUUGUCAGUUCUUCUUUUAAAACCCUCUCAUCAUCAUCCAGUUGUUGAGCUCAUACCUUUUCAAACAGUUUGUCUCAUUUUCCUGACAAGCAGAGAACCAACUUUUUAGAGUCUAUAGACCCAACGGAUAAGAGCCAUUAAUAAGUGUGCAUCAUCGUGACGAUCGCGGGUUUAAUUUGAGGAGACAAUCAUAAAACGGUGCAUAAAGAUGCAACGGAGUCUAUUAGGGUUUCUCGUGGGCUUUUCCACAAUCACAAUUCUCCUGCAAGUGGUAGCAGGAAGUUCCCUCGGCUUCCUGCGCGCUCUGGCGCAAGAAGAGGCUGAAGACGAGCAGCAGCAGCAGUUGGCCUUCGAUGAUGUAGAACAAACAAAUAUGAUCUCAGACUACCCAAUUAAAUACACACCAACACAUAAACAGAGCAAAGAAUGGGUUAAAGUGGAGUUAUCUGGAUCACUGCAUUCUCGCGUUCUUUCGAAAGGGCAAUAUUAUGAGUUGACCUGUAAAGGUGAAGGUGGACCAGCACCUCAAAUCUAUUGGAUACGUGGUGGAAAUAUUCAGCGACAGCUCGAUGAACUUAAAAAAACGAGCCUCGCUUAUGACCCAUCAGUAUUUGUAAAUGCCGGUGCUGCAAAAAAGGAAUCAAAAUAUGUGAUUGAUUGCGCAUCGAAACAGGAUGAAGGGCCUAUUCACUGCGUGGCGAUUGCCGGUGACAAAGUCAAAUGGGAAUCAACAAAUAUUUUGGUACCUGAUAACGUAAACUCAACGCGAAGUGGAUCCUGUGGCUCCUUUCGUCCACCUGUCAUAACCCAUCAUGCGGCGACUGUCGUCGCAUUUCAAGAUACAUCAGUGAUCCUUCCGUGUAUAGCCACAGGAAAACCCCGGCCUUACAUCACAUGGGAAACAUCAGAUGGUAGUUUAAUUACGAAUCACCUCUUCAAUCCACGUUAUAAAGUACUUAGUACUGGCAACCUGCUGAUUAAUGCACUCGAGUGGGAUGACAUGAAUGAAUAUACUUGUAUAGCAAGAUCGAAUUUGGGAGAGGACCGAGUCUCCACAUUCAUCUAUCCGGCCCAACGCGACGAUAGGGGUUAAAAUGUCCCCAUUAAGGACACAAAACAAGAUGAACCAAUGGCCAUUGAGAGUACUUGCAAUCCACCUGUUUCUAGUUCUUAGAUAGCUGACUAUUGUGCUGAAAAUGAAAAUUUAAAAAAGAAACCUUGCCGGCAGCGAUCCUCGCAUUUUUUUAUGGAAGAAGACAAAAAAAAGAGAACGAAAGCACGACAUACUUAUCUAGUCAUUAAGUGUUAGUAAACGCCUCUUAUUUGUUAAGGCCGAAUCCCAUACGUAGUCAUUAUUUAAAUUAUUUUUCUCUCCCUAAAUCUUCAAUUAUUUUUGUCUCGUACAAAAUUACAUUCCACGUUAUCAUUGACCAAUUAAUUGAUUAAUUAAUGUAUUAUUAUUGGUUAUUUGUCGGUGUGAUCAGGGUGUAUUUAUGUAAUUAAUAUAUUUAUGAUCGCCGGAAAUAUGUACUUACAAGUGAAUAAAUGUAUUUUGUCAUACCA